AUGGGUGUCGGACGUCGCAUGAAGAAGCAGGGCCCGCCGCCACCGCUCGACGAAUCGCUCGUCACGAGGAAGCGCAAGUCAGCCGCACCCACCAACAGCGCCAUCAAGAAGCAAAAGACGGACGCAAAGAGACCAGCCGUCAACGGCAAGAAGCCUGCUCCUCCCAAGAAGCGGAAGUCGCAGCCAGAUCCAGAGCCACAGGAUGUCUCGGAUGCCUCCGGCGAUGCUGUCGACGACCCCGACGUCAUGGAGAACGAGCUGGACGGCAUUGAGGAAGGAGACUUGGAUGACUUCGACGACGAUGAGCUGGUCGAGGACGACGACGCCGACGACUUCGCGAACGCCCUGUCCGGCUCCGACGACGAUGUCAUGGACUCGGACGAGGAUGCGCGUCAGGGAAAGAUGUGGUCGGAAGAUGAAGACUCGGAUGCGGAGGAGAAGCUCACAGCCGCCAACAUCGCGGGCCUGUCGAGGAGAUUAGACGAGCAGAGAGCGCAGGAAGCGGAAGAUGCAGAAGCGGAACUUGCGGACGAUGCACUCCAGACGAAUAUCGCAGCGGCAGAUAUACCAGACGACCAAGAUGGCCAGAAGUCGACCAUGCUCGCCCCAGACCUGCAGCUCCUGCGCUCCCGUAUAACAGAAACUGUGCGAGUCCUGUCGAAUUUCAAAGAGCUAGCGGAGCCGGGCAAGAGUCGCGCGGAGUACACACACGCGCUGCUCGACGACAUCUGCACGUAUUACGGUUAUGCGCCGUUCCUGGCGGAGAAGCUGUUCUCGCUCUUCCCUCCGCAGGAAGCGCUGGCAUUCUUCGAUGCCAACGAGACGCCUCGUCCCAUGGUCAUUCGCACUAACACUCUCCGCACACAUCGGAGAGAUCUGGCGCAUGCUCUCAUAAACCGCGGUGUCACAUUGGAGCCCGUGGGAAAGUGGUCGAAAGUUGGCCUUCAAGUGUUCGAAUCACAAGUACCUCUCGGCGCAACACCAGAGUACCUGGCAGGACACUACAUUUUGCAAGCAGCUUCUUCCUUCCUGCCAGUAAUGGCAUUGGCUCCGCAAGAACACGAACGGGUGCUCGACAUGGCAGCCGCUCCCGGUGGUAAAACAACACAUCUGGCCGCGCUGAUGCGAAACACCGGUUGCAUCUUCUCAAACGAUGCCAGCAAAGAUCGCUCGAAGGGUCUAAUCGGUAAUAUCCACCGCUUGGGCGUGAAGAACACGAUCGUCUGCAAUUACUCUGCCCUAGAAUUCCCCAGAGUCAUGGGUGGCUUUGACAGAGUGCUCUUGGACGCACCUUGCACUGGAACUGGUGUCAUUGCGAAAGAUGCCAGCGUCAAGACCAACAAGACCGAAGCCGAUUUUCUCCGCAUCCCACACCUGCAGAAGCAACUUCUUUUGGCUGCCAUCGAUUCUGUAGAUCACGCAAGCAAGACUGGCGGCUACAUUGUCUACAGUACGUGUUCGGUGACCGUGGAGGAGAAUGAGCAAGUCGUCCAAUACGCUCUCAACAAGCGCCCCAACGUCAAGCUUGUACCUACUGGCCUCGUCUUCGGAAAAGAAGGAUUCGUAAAGUACCAGGCGAAGCGCUUUCAUCCUACGAUGAAGGAGACACGCAGAUACUAUCCUCACGCUUACAACGUGGACGGCUUUUUUGUCGCCAAGUUCAAGAAGACUGGACCGACUCCCGCAAAUGCAGUACGUGCACAAGGGAGUGCGGAGGGCAAGAAGUCCAAUGGCGUCAAGGAUGCCGACGAAGCUGUUGCUGUCGAGAUGGAUGCUGUCGUCAACGAAGCUGACGAGGGCGAGGAUGAUUUUGGAGGUUUCGAUGACGAAGAGGAUGAGAUGUACAUCCAGCGCAGUCUGAAGAAGCAGCUGAGGAGGAAAGGCAUCGACCCUAAGGCGAGCAAGGCGAAGGCUGUCAAAAGCCUGUCGAGGUAG